CCUCACACCGACAAAGUGACCCUCGCGCCAGCCACAAGCACGCUCUGCUCUGCGCGCGAGGAGGAAUAUACCCACUUCUGCACCCGCGCGCGCGCGAGGCACACCAUGAAAGCGGCGUACCGGGGCGCGUGCCCGUCUGCCUUGUGGAGCGGAUUUUUAGCGCUUUCCGGCAGGGGAUGCAUCAGAUGCGCGCGGGCGAACUCUCAACGCGCCAAAAGCAUGCGGAUUAAAGCGGGAUUUAUAACUUGGAAUAUAAUAUUUUCCCUGAUUUUCACGCGCGUGCACGGUUUCAUUUAUACCUGUGGCGGGUCGUUCAAAGGAAGGAACGGGACCAUAGAAAGCCCGGGAUACCCUCACGGAUACCCGAACGGGGCGAACUGUACCUGGGUAAUCGUAGCCGAGGAGAGGAACAGAAUUCAUAUAGUUUUUCAAUCCUUCGCUGUGGAGGAGGAAUAUGACUUUUUAUCUUUAUACGAUGGGCACCCGCACCCCGCUAAUUUCCGAACGAGGUUAACAGGAUUCCAGGUGCCGGCGCCAGUCACAAGCACCGGCUCUAUUUUCUCCCUUCGCCUUACCAGCGACUUCGCUGUGAGCGCCCACGGAUUUAAAAUCUAUUACGAAGAGCUCCAGAGCAGCUCCUGCGGAAACCCAGGGGUUCCAGCCAAGGGGAUCCUGAACGGCACCCGCUUCAACGUGGGGGACCGGAUCCGAUACCGCUGCGUGGUGGGAUACACGCUGGACGGCCACGCCCAGCUAACAUGCGUCUCCAGCACGUCCAACGUAGCAGUGUGGGACUUCCCCGUCCCCAUCUGCAGAGCGGAGGACACUUGCGGAGGCACGUUCCGCGGCUCCAGCGGUGUGAUCUCCAGCCUGGAUUUCCAGAACGACUACAAAAACACGGGAGAGUGCACGUGGACCAUCGUGGCUGACCCCGGAGACACCAUCUCGCUGGUCUUCACCGACUUCCAGAUGGAGAACAAGUUCGACUACUUAGAGGUGGAGGGAUCAGAGCCGCCGUCAAUAUGGUUGUCCGGGUCGAAUAUCCCCGUGCCCAUAGUGAGCAACAAAAACUGGCUGCGGCUCCAUUUCGUCACAGACAACGGCCACCGACACAAGGGCUUCAGCGCACAGUAUCAAGUGAAACGGUCUGGAGAUUUCAAAUCAAGAGGAGUGAAGCUGCUGCCGGGGAAAGACAACACCAGUAAAUUCUCCAUCAUGAACGAGGGGGGCGUGAAGCAAGUGUCCAACUACUGCCCGGACCCAGGAGAGCCGGAGAACGGCAGACGCAUGGGCUCAGAUUUCAGCAUCGGUGCGAUGGUUGGGUUCACCUGCGACGGAGACCACGUCCUGCAGGGCUCCAAGAGCAUCACCUGCCAGAGAGUGGCCGAGGUGUUUGCAGCCUGGAGUGACCACAGGCCUGUUUGUAAAGUGAAAACGUGCGGCUCCAACCUCUACGGUCCAUCUGGCACUUUGACUUCCCCUAAUUUCCCCAUCCAGUACGAAAGCAACUCGCACUGCGUGUGGAUCAUCACGGCCAGUAACCCCAAUAAGGUUAUCCAGAUCAACUUUGAGGAGUUCGACCUGGAGCUGGGGUACGACACCCUGACGAUAGGAGACGGUGGAGAAGUUGGGGACUCUAGAACCAUAAUCCAAGUAUUGACGGGCAGCUUCGUCCCCGACCUCAUCGUCAGCAUGACCCAUCAGAUGUGGCUCCACCUGCAGUCGGACGAGAGCGUGGGCUCCAUCGGCUUCAAGAUCAACUACAAAGAAAUUGACAAGGAGAGUUGCGGGGAUCCUGGCAUCCCUCUGUACGGCUUCCGCGAGGGCGGAGGUUUCUCCAACGGGGACGUGCUGCGCUUCGAGUGCCAGUUUGGCUUUGAGCUCAUCGGCGAGAGAAUGAUUUCCUGUCAGAACAACAACCAAUGGUCGGCUAACAUCCCCAUCUGUAUAUUUCCCUGCUUGUCUAACUUCACGGCCCCCGCGGGGACGGUCCUGUCCCCGGAUUAUCCGGAGGGCUACGGCAACAACCUGAACUGCGUCUGGCUGAUCAUCGCAGAGCCGGGCAGCCGCAUCCACCUGGCCUUCAACGACUUCGACCUGGAGCCGCCCUACGACUUCCUAACGGUGCGGGACGGGGAGCAGGCCGACGCCUCCAUCCUGGGACGCUUCACCGGAGCCGAGGUGCCCUCGCACCUCACCAGCAACUCCAACGUCCUGCAGCUGGAGUUCCAGGCCGACCACUCCAUGUCCGGCAGAGGCUUCAACAUCUCCUACAGCACUUUUGGACACAACGAGUGUCCGGAUCCCGGCGUUCCGAUAAACGCUAAGCGCUUCGGGAACAGCUUUCAGCUGGGCAGCUCCAUAUCGGUGGUGUGUGAGGAAGGCUUCAUAAAGACCCAGGGCUCCGACACCAUCGUGUGCGAGCUGGCGGAGGGGGGCGUGAUGUGGAGCGGUUUGAUCCCCAAGUGUGAAGCUCCGUGUGGGGGUCACUUCACGGCUCCGGUGGGUGUGAUCCUGUCCCCCGGGUGGCCGGGCUACUAUAAGGACUCUCUGAGCUGUGAGUGGGUGAUCGAGGCCGAGCCUGGACGCUCCAUCAAGAUCAGUUUUGACAGGUUCCAGACGGAGCUUAAUUACGACUUCCUGGAGAUCCAUGACGGGCCCAACCUGCUCUCGCCCCUCAUCACCUCCCUGAACGGCACACAGGUGCCCCAGUUCCUCUUUAGCAGUGGAAGCUACCUGUACCUGCUGUUCACCACAGACAGCAGCCGCUCCAACAGCGGCUUCAAGCUCUUCUAUGAAAGUGUGACUCUAGACACUCACUCAUGUCUGGACCCUGGUGUGCCGGUGAAUGGGCAGCGUUUCGGUCAGGAUCUGACCAUUGGCUCUGUAGUCAGUUUCAGCUGUGAUCCAGGGUACAGGCUGAGUCACGAAGAGCAGCUGGUGUGCGAGAAGAACCACUGGUGGAGCCACCCUCUGCCCACAUGCGACGCUCUGUGUGGCGGCGAUGUGAAAGGGCCUAAUGGCAUUAUCCUGUCCCCUGGCUUCCCCGAGCUCUACCCCAACUCAUUAAACUGCACGUGGACGGUGGAGGUCAGCUAUGGCAAAGGUGUGCGCUUCACCUUCUACGCCUUUCAUCUGGAGGAUCACCAUGACUACCUGCUGCUGACGGAGAACGGCAGCUUCGCCCAGCCGCUGGCCCGACUCACCGGCUCCCAGAGGCCCCCGGCCCUCAACGCCGGCCUCUACGGCAACUUCAGGGCCCAGCUGCGCUUCAUCUCGGAUUUCUCGAUCUCCUUCCACGGCUUCAACAUCUCCUUCACAGAGUACGAUCUGGAGCCGUGUGAAGACCCCGGCGUGCCACGGUUCGGUCGGCACAGCGGCGGCGGCUUCGGCAUCGGCGACUCGCUGACUUUUUCCUGCGAGCCGGGCUACCGCCUGCAGGGGACGCGGGCCAUCACGUGCCUGGGCGGCGGGCGGCGCACGUGGAGUGCCCCUCUGCCAAGGUGUGUGGCGGAGUGCGGCUCCACGGUUUCUCAGAACUCCGGCGUUCUGCUGUCACCCAACUACCCGCUGAAUUACGAGAACAACCACGAGUGCAUUUAUAACAUUCAGGUCCAGACGGGGAAAGGAAUCAACAUUUCUGCCAGCACCUUCCAUCUGGCUCAAGGUGACGUCCUGAAGGUGUACGAUGGUCCAGAUAACACUGUGGACGUCAUCGGGGCGUUUUCUGGAUCCUCCAUGAUGGGGGUCACUCUGACCAGCACCUCCAACCACCUGUGGCUGGAGUUCUACUCAGAUCAGGACGACACAGCUGAAGGCUUCAGACUCACCUAUUACAGUUUCGAGCUGUCUCACUGUGAGGAGCCGGGCGUGCCUCAGUUCGGCUCUAAAGUCAGCGAUCAGGGUCACUUCGCCGGCAGCACCGUCACGUACCAGUGUGACCCUGGCUACAGUCUUCACGGCAGCGGCGUCCUGAGGUGCAUGACCGGCGAGAGGCGAGCCUGGGCCCACCAGCUGCCGUCCUGCAUAGCGGAGUGUGGAGGAAGUUUUAAAGGUGAAUCGUCUGGGCGGAUACUGUCUCCUGGAUACCCCUUCCCUUACGACAACAACCUCCGCUGCACGUGGACCAUCGAGGUGGACUCGGGCAACACCGUCAGCCUGCAGUUUCUGGCAUUCGACACCGAGGCGUCUCACGACAUCCUGAAGGUGUGGGACGGACGUCCUGAGAACGAGAUGGCUCUGAGGGAAGUGAGCGGCUCGCUGUUGCCUGAUGGGAUACACAGCACGCUCAACGUAGUGACCAUCCAGUUCGAGACGGAUUUCUACAUCAGCAAGUCCGGCUUCGCUAUCGACUUCUCCAGCUCAGUGGCGACGGCCUGCAGGGACCCGGGAACGCCCAUGAACGGCACGCGCAGCGGCGAGGGGAAGGAGCCCGGCGACUCCGUGACCUUCGUCUGCGACCCCGGAUACGAGCUGCAGGGUGAGCCGCGCAUCACCUGCAUCCAGGUGGAAAAUAGAUACUACUGGCAACCCAGCCCACCUACCUGCAUUGCUCCUUGUGGAGGAAACAUCACGGGGUCUUCAGGAUUCAUCUUGUCUCCAAACUUUCCUCAUCCGUACCCACACAGCAAGGACUGUGAUUGGUUCAUCACUGUGCACUCGGAUUAUGUAAUUUCACUGGCAUUUAUCAGCUUCAGCAUUGAGCCCAACUACGAUUUCCUCUACAUCUACGACGGGCCGCACACCAACAGCCAUCUGAUCGGGACUUUUCAGGACAGCAAGCUGCCGGAGAAAAUCGAGAGCAGCUCCAACGUCAUGCACAUAGCCUUCCGCAGCGACGGCUCCGUCAGCUACACCGGCUUCCAUCUGGAGUACAAGGCUAAGCUACGCGAGGCGUGCUUUGACCCGGGCAGCGUGAUGAAUGGCACGCGGCUGGGCACCGACUAUAAGCUGGGCUCCACCGUGACCUUCCACUGUGAGCCGGGUUACCAGCUGCAGGGCUACUCCACCCUCACCUGCGUCAUGGGCCAGAACAACCGGCCCGAGUGGAACCGGGCUCUGCCCAGCUGCCAAGCUCCGUGCGGCAGCAGAUCGACCGGUUCAGAGGGCACGGUGCUGUCGCCCAACUACCCCCACAACUACACCAAAGGACACAGCUGCCUCUACGAGAUCGCCGUGCCGGGAGAGUUCGUGCUGUUCGGCCAGUUUAUGUUCUUCCAAACCACUCCCAGCGACGUGGUGGACAUAUACGACGGGCCUUCCCCGGAGUCUCCUCUGCUGACCUCCAUCUACGGCUCUCACUCAGGAGAGCCGCUGCCUCUGAGCUCCAGCAACGAGAUCACCAUCAGAUUCACCAUGGAGGGGCCGAACACCGCCAAAGGCUUUCAUUUCGUUUAUCAGGCUGUGCCGAGAACCAGUGCCUCCCAGUGCAGUUCGGUGCCGGAGCCUCGCUUUGGGAAGCGUAUCGGGAGCGAUUUCGGACUGAGUGCCGUGAUUUUGUUUGAGUGUAACCCAGGCUACACUCUACACGGUGCCAGCGCCAUCCGGUGUGAGUCUAUACCCAACAGCCUGGCCCAGUGGAACGGCACUGUACCCACCUGCACUGUUCCCUGCGGAGGGGUCCUGACGGCGCGCCGGGGGACCAUCCUGUCUCCGGGUUAUCCUGAUCCGUAUGACAAUCACCUGAACUGUGUGUGGAAGGUCUUCGUGCCGGAGGGAGCCGGAAUCCAAAUCACAGUGGUGACUUUCUCCACCGAGCACAACUGGGACUCGCUGGACUUCUACGACGGCACCGACGGCAACGCUCCCAGACUGGGCAGCUAUUCAGGGAUCACUAUUCCACCCCUACUCAACAGCACCUCCAACAACCUGUACCUCACCUUCCAGACGGACAUGAGCGUUUCUGGAGCUGGAUUUCACCUGGAGUACACCGCAAUAGGUUUGGAUUCCUGCCCGGAGCCACAGACCCCCAGCAACGGUAUGAAAAUAGGGGACCGCUACGUGGUCGGAGACGUGGUUUCCUUCCAGUGUGACCAAGGCUACACUCUGAAGGGCAGCGCGUAUAUAACAUGCAUGCCGGGACCUGUCAGAAGAUGGAACUACCCAGCACCUCUCUGUCUGGCCGAGUGCGGAGGGUCUCUAUCUGACAUGAACGGCGUCAUCCUGAGCCCCGGGUUCCCUGGAAACUACCCCAGCGGCCUCGACUGCAAUUGGACCGUUAAGCUCCCGGUCGGCUUUGGGAUCCACCUGCAGUUCCUGAACUUCACCACGGAGGCGGUGCACGAUUACCUGGAGGUUCGGAGCGGGACUCCAGAAAGCGGCUCGGUGAUUGACAGGUUCAGCGGCUCCGUGGUGCCCGAGUCCUUCUUCAGCACCACCCACGAGACCAGCUUCCUGUUCCACAGCGACUACUCCCAAAACAAACCCGGCUUCCACAUCACAUACGAAGCCUAUGAGCUGCAGAGAUGCCCGGACCCCCGGCCCUUCCGGAACGGGCAGGUGAUAGGCAGUGAUUUCGGAGUGGGGAUGACCAUUUGGUUCCAGUGCCAGGCGGGAUACACUCUGCUGGGCCAGACUUCACUCACAUGCCAGCAUGGAGUCAGCAGGAACUGGAACCACCCUGUGCCUCGCUGUGAAGCACUUUGCGGGGGCAACCUGACUACUUUAGAGGGAACCAUCUACUCGCCGGGCCACCCGGACGACUACCCCAACCUGAAGGACUGCGUGUGGACCAUCAGAGUCCCCCCCGGGAACGGCAUCCGCAUCAACUUCACCGUUCUCAACACUGAGCCCAUCUACGACUACAUCACUAUCUGGGACGGUCCUGACCAAGCGUCCCCACAGAUCGGCCAGUUCAGCGGCAGCUCGGCCCAGGAGGCCGUCUCCAGCACCUCCAACCACGUGCUGCUGAAGUUCCACAGCGACUUCAGCACUAGCGGGUUUUUCGUUCUGCGCUAUAAUGCCUAUCAGCUCCGCAUAUGCCAGCCCCCUCCACCUGUUGCCAACGCGGAGAUCCUCACCGGAGAUGACGAACUGGAAAUCGGAGACAUCAUUAGGUACCGCUGCCUGCCCGGAUUCACACUGGUGGGCAGUGAGAUCCUGACCUGUAGGCUGGGCGAGAGGUUGCAAAUGGAUGGCUCUCCUCCCGUCUGCCAAGUGCAAUGUCCGGAUAACGAGGUGAUGUUCGACUCGACGGGGGUGAUCCUGAGUCCAGGCUACCCGGACAGCUACCCCAACCUGCAGAUGUGCUCAUGGAUGAUUAAUGUGGAGAAGGGCUACAAUAUCACUCUGCACUUCCAGCUGUUUCAGACAGAGAAGGAGUUUGAUAUCCUGGAGAUCUUUGAUGGGCCCAACAUCUACAGCCCGAGUCUGGCGGUUCUGAGUGGAGACCUGGCGGUGCCCUUCAGUCUGACCACCACGGGGCACCAGCUGUUCCUGCGCUGGUCCUCAGAUCACGGCACCAACCGAAAGGGCUUCCACAUCACGUAUGUGGGUGAGUAUCAAACGAUGUACUGCAGUACCCCAGACUCUCCACAGCACGGCUUUGUGGUCAGCCAGACUGGAGGCCACGUCAACAGCGUCGUCCGGUGGGCCUGCGACCGAGGAUACAAACUGAUCGGGAAGAGCAUGGCCGUCUGCAGGAAGACUGAAUUUGGGUUUCUAACCUGGGACAACUCUGUGCCAGCAUGCCAAGCCGUAUCCUGUGGGAUUCCGGUGGCCCCUGGGAACGGAGGGGUGCUGGCGGCCGAUUACUCGGCGGGAACGCGAGCCACGUACUUCUGUAACGAAGGCUUCCGGCUCUCCUCCAAGGAAGUGACCAGCACGGUGUGCCAGGCUGACGGGACCUGGAGCAGCCACAACAAAAUCCCUCGCUGCACCGUCAUGGUGUGUCCAAGUAUCGGCUCCUUCACUCUGGAUCACGGAAAGUGGAGGAUCGUUAACGGAUCCCGCUAUGAGUACAGGACCAAGAUCGCCUUCAGCUGUAAUCCCGGGUACUACCGCCUUGGCCCCGCCCACAUCCACUGCACAUCCAAUGGGACCUGGAGCUGGAGGAAUGAAAGGCCACGCUGCAAGAUUAUUUCAUGCGGGAUACUGCCCACUCCUCCUAAUGGGAAGAAAAUUGGAACUCAGACGACCUUCGGAGCCACGGCCAUUUUCACCUGCGACGCCGGCUACAUUCUGGUUGGCUCCACCGUGCGAGAGUGCCUGGCGUCGGGGCUGUGGAGCGGCACGGAGACCAGCUGCUUAGCCGGUCACUGUGGGGAACCUGAGCGGAUGGUGAACGGUCAGGUGAUCGGGGAGAACUUUGGCUACAGGGACACGGUGGUGUACCAGUGCAACCCCGGCUUUCGACUCAUCGGCUCGUCCGUGCGAAUCUGCCAGCAGGACCACACCUGGUCAGGACAUCUACCAUCCUGUGUGUCCGUGAGUUGCGGUCACCCAGGAAGUCCGAUCUACGGGCGCACAGUUGGCGAUGGCUUCAACCUCAACGAUGUGGUCAACUUCUUCUGCAACGACGGCUACAUCCUGGAGGGUCCAUCUCAGGCGCAGUGUCAGGCUGACCGACAGUGGAGUCAGCAGCCGCCCAGCUGCAGAGUGGUUAACUGCACGGAUCCUGGAAUUCCAGCCAACUCCAUCCGGAAGAGCAAGAUAGAGUUCGGAAACUUCACCUUCGGGACGGUGGUGUCGUUCGACUGCAAUCCCGGCUUUUAUCUGUUUGGAGCGUCGGUGCUGACCUGCCAGCCCCUGGGUUACUGGGACAGGCCUCUGCCGGAGUGCAUCGAGGUGGACUGCGGCCACCCCGGCGUACCGCCCCACGGCGCCCUGAUCGGAGACAAGUUCACCUUCGGCUCGGCGGUGCGCUACACCUGCACGCGCGGCCGGGAGCUGAUCGGGGACCAGGGACGCACCUGCCAGCUCAGCGGCCAGUGGAGCGGCUCGCUGCCUCACUGCUCAGGUGACGUUGCAGGCGAGUGUGGUGAUCCAGGCACUCCAGCUCAUGCCACGCGUGAGGAGGGCAGUUUUCAGCUGCGCAGUAAAGUGCGCUUCACCUGCACUACAGGACACACGCUGUACGGCUCGGCCGAGCGCAUCUGCUUCCCCAACGGCACCUGGUCCGGGAGACAGCCCACCUGCAAACCCGUUCACUGUGGGAACCCAGGCAGCCCCCCUAACGGUCGAGUCUCCCGUAUAGACGGUACAAGCUUCUCUCACUCUGUGGUUUACUCCUGUGUGGACGGAUACCGUCUCUCCGGUUCACCCACUCGCCUCUGCCUGGCCAAUGGGACCUGGUCUGGAUCAGAACCCAACUGUACCCUGAUCAGCUGUGGUGAUCCAGGCAUUCCAGCCAAUGGCCUUAGAUUUGGCGAGACCUUUACCAUUGGCCACAACGUCAGCUACGCCUGCCAACCUGGUUACCUGAUGGAGAAUGCGACCAGCAACACCCGCACCUGCACCCACAACGGCACCUGGAGCGGCACCCUGCCCACCUGCCAAGCUGUGACGUGCCCCCCUCCCCCCAGCCUGGCUCACGGUGAGGUGGAGGGGUCGGUGUUCCAGUGGGGCUCCAGCGUGGGCUAUCGCUGCCUGACCGGCUACGAGCUGUCCUUCUCCGCAGCGCUGACCUGCGUGGCUAACGGGUCCUGGAGUGGGGAGGUUCCUCUGUGCAUGCCCAAAUUCUGUGGUGAUCCAGGCCUGCCUCCCCAAGCCAAAAGAGAGGGCCAGAGCUUCAUCUUCAAAUUUGAGGUGCUGUACAGCUGCAGCACCCCCUACCUGCUGGUGGGCUCGUCUACACGCAUCUGCCAGGCUGACGGCACCUGGAGCGGCAACCAACCCCGAUGCAUAGAGCCAACCAGGACGACUUGUGAAAAUCCAGGCACUCCUGAGUACGGCUCGCUUAACGCAAGCUUGGGCUUCAAGGUGGGCAGCACGGUGAGGUUUCACUGUCAGACCGGCCACCUGUUACUGGGCUCCACCACGCGGACCUGCCAGCAGGACCUCACCUGGAGCGGAUCCCAGCCCGAAUGCAUCGCCCACUCGUGCAAGCAGCCGCGGAGCCCGCCGCACGCCAACGUGCUGGGCAUGGAUCUGCCUGCUUUUGGCUACACGCUGCUCUACUCGUGCCAGCCCGGCUUCAUGCUCACCGGGGGCUCCGAGCACAGAGUGUGCCGGCCCGACGGAUCCUGGACCGGGAAAGUGCCCGUCUGCAGAAUCGGCUCAAAAGCAGCGGAAAAAGUGACGGUGCCCGUUCAAGGCACUCCGAGCCCGAAAGCCAGCGUUCCCGACGACGUCUUCGCCCCGGCGUAUGCCUGGAAGGGCUCGCUGGAGCACAAGGCCGUCAAACAGCCGGCGACGUUGACAAUCACCAGCUUUAACAUCACCUCCGGUAGAGUGAACGCCACUCUAACCAACAGGAACACAGAGCUUUUACUGUCAGGUGUGUAUAAAAGCCAAGAAGCUCGUCUGACCCUGAGGCUGUAUCAUAUGAGGGCGCUGGUGCACGGCUCACACACCAAGAUCACUGAGGAGACGUGGACCAUGGAUGGCUUUGUCUCCGCUGAGCACGAGGGCAGUACCUACGUGUUCCAGGGCUACAUACACGGCCGAGACUACGGGCAGUUCGGACUGCAGAGGCAAGGUCUGAACAUCACCGAGACCACGAGAAGCUCCGAGGCUCCGCCCAGGACCAGCAGCAGCUCUGUGGCCGUCGCGAUUCUUGUGCCUUUUUUUGCCCUGAUUUUCGCAGGGUUUGGAUUUUAUCUCUAUAAACAGCGAAGGACGGAUAAGGCGGAGUACACUGGCUGCUCCGCCCACGAAAACAGCAACGGCCAGGCCACCUUCGAGAACCCCAUGUACAACACCAACUCCAAAACCAUCGAGGGCAAGGUGGUCCGCUUCGACCCCAACCUCAACACGGUCUGCACAAUGGUUUGAUGAAGCCUGUUCACCUCGCGGACAGAAUUAAGAAUUAAGACUCUUAGCGUUGCUUUGUUGCGAUUCCUGUUCCAAAGGACGAUAUUCCGAGGACGGACGGACGGACGGACGGUCGGUCGGUCGGCCGGCGGUACGACGUCUCGAGAGGACGCACAGUCAAGCAGUGCGACACCAAGUCAAGCACAGUACGGGGAGCCAAUACUCACACAUGCCUAUGGCUUUAAGCUUUGCGUGGACUCUGGGGA